AGAAGUAGAAAACAAACUUUCGAAAGGUAUUGAACAUUUGGCUUGUACUGCUGUUGUUAAUAGUCGUCGUCGAGCAACAAUAAGUGGUGAUGAAAACAUUAUUGACGAAAUACAACAAAUACUUUCAAUCUCUUAUCCAAAUGUAUUUAAAGCACGUCUUUGUAUUGAAAAUGUAUUUCAUUUUUUACAUUGAAAGGUAUUCGUGGAUAUUCAAUAAAAGAUUAAAAACAAAUAUUUAAUCCGAUAUGUGCAACAGCAAAACUUUAUUCAAGUGUUAUUGGUGAACAAAUGAAUGAUAAUAUACCAGUUGAUGGUCAAAUGUAAGACAAGUUGUUCGAUUUUAUGAUGCUAUAGCAGCAACUAUAAAAGAUGAAGCAGUAAAUGUUUUUCUUGAAAUUUCAUCACAUCCAGUUGUAGCAAAAUUAAUUCGUGAAUGUUAUGAAUUAACAUAUCAACAGCAAUCACCACUUAUUCCUCCAGCAUUAAAACGAAAAGAAAAUCAACAAAUAACAUUACUUACUAGUCUAGCACAACUUUCAAUAUUAUCACAUGUAUGGCAACAAUAUUUUCAUACUCAUCAAAUUUUACCGAUGAAAAAUCAUGAAGAAUAUUUUGAUAAUUGUCCAUUAUAUAAAUUUCAUUUGAGUUCAUGUUGGUAUGAAUCAAAAGAUUCAUCUAUACAACGUUUAGCUAAUCGUAUACCUACUCAUCCAUUACUUGGUAUUCGUCAAUUCAAUGGACAAACAAAUCAUAAAAUUCAAGAUGCAAUUCUUUUUCCGGCUGUUGCUUAUCUUGAACUUGCAACAGCUGCUUGUCAUCAAUUACUUUCAUCAAAAGAAGAUGAUCAACAACAACCAACAAUUAUUUUUGAAGAUGUUAAAUUUGUUAAAGUACUUAUUUUGAAUGAACAUGAAUUAGUUGAAUUUUCAAAAAUUCAAACAUUAUCUAGUACUUCAACUACAAUUAUAUCUCAAUUAUCAAAUGAUAAUAAUAAUUGUUCAUCUUAUUAUUUACUUCAUCCAUAUCUAGUUCUAUUAUCAGGUAUUGAAACAACAUUUCUUCCAGUACGUAUUCAAAAAUUUAUUUAUUCAAGCAAAACAAAAACAAAAAUGAAUCAAUCAACAAAUAUUGAAGUACGUGGAAAUUAUCAUGAUAAUAUAUGUGGUAUAGGCCAAGAAGAAAUAUAUAGUCUUGAUUUAUGGACAUUUCCAAUGGAUAAUAAAAUCGAAGAACCAAUAUUUACAUUUGAAGGUGCUGUUAUUCAACAAGUUCAAGGUGCACAUUCUGGUCGAUGGUCAAUAGAAAAAACAAUUUAUGAUAAAUUAAAUCUAACAACUGAUUUACCUAAUACUGAUCAUAAAACAUAUUUAAAUACCAUUGUAAAAGAUUAUUGUAUGAAAAGAGUAUGGACUGAUUCACCAAUAACAAAAGAUAUAUCACAUUUACUUCCAUCACCUAAAAGUAUUCUUAAUAAUGAACUUAAUUCUAAUAGUAAUCAAGAUUUAAUUGAAUCAAUCGAACCAUGUAAUGAAUUAGCUGUUUAUUAUGCUCAAAUGGCAAUAAAAGAUCUUAAUUUAAAUCAACAACAUCAUCCAUUAUUAAAUGCAUCAUUAAAUAAAUAUGGUUCACAUUUAAAAGAUAUUCUUAGUGGAGAAAAAAAUGGAUUAGAUAUAUUUGUUGGUGAUGAGGAAAUUGCACAAACUUUUCAACAAGUUAAAACUCUUAUAAGUGCAAUUAAAACACAACAAAUUUUUCAUUCUAUUUGUCAAUAUUUACAAUUACAAUAUGAACAAACUAAAGAUAAUUCAUUUGAAAAUUAUCGAUUACGUAUAUUUUGGUUAACUGAUAGUCAUUGUUCAGAUGUUUUACCUAUUCUUGAUCUUCUUCUUAAUUUAUCACGACAAUCAGGAAAUCAGGAUUUAACAAAUUCUUUAAUUUCUCUUCGUCGUUUACUUGUUCCUAAUGGUCUUCUUUUAUUACUUGAAUUAGUUCAUAUUCCUCUUUAUUUUGAUCUUAUUUUUGGUUUUUUUGAUCAAUGGUGGUCAUCUGAUAAUAAUAAUCGUUCAUUAAAUAAUAUUCAGCAAUGGACAACAUUACGAAAACAAAUCAAAGGAUUUAAUAUUAUUGAAUCAACAUUAAAUCAAAAUGAAACAUUGAAACAAAAUGAAGAACUUUUAUGUGGAACAUUAUCACGUAUUCUUCAAACAACUCAAGAAUCAUCACCACAUUUUCAUCCAUUUGUAUAUGUUCUUACAGAUCAUGCUCAAUUUAAUAAUGAUUCGAAUCUUAAUAUAAUUGCAUCACUAUUUAUUGGUCUCGCACGAAGUUUAGUAACUGAAUAUGAACGAAAUCGAUUAAAACUUAUUGAUCUUCAAACAUCAUUAAAUAAUAAAUUAAUAUUUAUUCAUACUUUAAUAGAAUAUAUGAUUAAUGCAAGAUAUUCAACUGAUACUUGUGAAGUUGUUCUUCGUCUUAAUCAUACAAAUCAAAAUCAAGUUCAACAUUUAACAUGGCAUUAUGAAAUGUUACAAAGAUAUGUUGAUGAUGAACAAGAGAAAUCUAAAUUCGAACAAAUUUCUAUUAUUCCUAAACGAGACGCUGAUCAAAAAUUAUUUCGACUUUGUGUACCACCAUCUCGUUUUCUUUCUGAAUUAACAUGGACUGAAGAAGAUAGAGAAAAAGAAUUAUUACCGGGUAUGGUAGAAGUUCGUGUUCAUUGUGUUGGUAUUAAUUCUCGUGAUGUACUCAAAUCACGUGGUCUUUAUCCAUAUACACGUACUUUUGCACAAUCUGAUGAAAAUCAACCAAGAGUUAAUCAAGAUACAGAACCAGGCUCAGAUUUUGUUGGUACCAUUGUACGUGCA